GUAUCAUACAAUUUUUGUAUUUCUUCACUGCUGAAAAUUGGAGUAGCUGUAGAAAUCUCAAUCUCGAGUUCCGAGAAAUCGAUUUCGUUGUUCAGUUCUGAGUAGUGGUAAUUGAAACCCUUUCCUCUCUUGAUUUCUCAUUUGAUUUCUGGAGAAAAAUGUUAUAAGAUGAUGGAGGAAAAUCAUUUUGGUGUAAUGGGAUUUGGGUUUUCUGUAUAAUCUGCAGAGUGGUAGGGAAUUUGUUUUUAAGAGUUAUAUAGAAAAACCCUCUUUUAGUUCGGUCGAUUCGGUUCAAAUUGGGGUCAUUUUCGGGGGAAAUAUGUUGAGAGUCUGAGAUUUUUGAUUUGGGUUUCUCUUUUUUGGUUCAUUUGUUUAAUCGUUGCACGAAUGGGAGACGAAGAAGUUCGUGUUCUUUUCUGGGGCCUGUCUUACGUUUGUACAAACAAUUGAUUCGUUGCAUGCAGCAAUGGGGGAAGUUGAACCGAUGCACAUUGACGGUCCAGAUCAGAAGAAGAAGUCAGUGAAGAGAAAAAGAGUGGAGCCAUGUUUAUACACACCAAGCUCUGAAGAAAAACAAGCGAAAAUUAAGGCAUUCCGUGAUGAAAUUAACAGCCUUGUCAGAUUCUGUAAAGAUGUGCUCCUCGAAAGUAGAGGGGCGUUGUUGGACAAUGUGGAGAAAGUUGGGAAUUCUUCUUUGAAUAGUGUAAUUGCAUUUUUAAUGGAAGAGAGCGUUCUUCCUUUGUCAAAGCUCGUGGAUGAGAUUUUUGAGAAAGUUAAGGGCAGAACUGGAGAUGUUGAUGGUGUUAGUAAGGCUAGUGUGAAGAGUGCUGUGCUUAUAAUUGGGCAGAGAUUAUGCUAUGGCGUGACUACUGCAGAUGCUGAUAUUUUGGAGGAUGAUGCUGAGUGCGCACUAUGGUGUUGGGAGACAAGAGAUCUGAAGUUGAUGCCUAAAUUAGUGCGUGCAUCUCUGAAAGUUCGGCGAACUUGUCGGAAAAAGAUUCAAGAGAGGAUUAUGGCUGUUUCAGCAAUGAUAAACGCACUGGAGAGGUCAGAAAACCAUCCAAACUACCCGCAAGAGCUGACGAAAGCUUCAGACAAGCUCAGUAAAGUUCUACACGAGGCAGAUAUCCGAUUGUUAAUGGAGAACAUGUCACAAAAGAAUGGUGCUGAAAUGGCUGAGAAGGAAGCCAAGAGAGAAGAAAAGCUAUUAAUCAAGCAAAUGGAGAAGAACAAAAGAGAAAUGGAGAAAGAGAGGAAGAAGAUGGAUCGUGUGCUUCAGAAGGAAAAGUUGCAAAGUGAAAAAGAGCUGAAGCGGUUGCAUGAUGAGGCAGAAAAGGAGGAGAGGCGACGCCAGAAAGAAGAAAAUGAUAUGCAGAAACAGCUGAAAAGGCAGCAAGAGGAUGCAGAGAAAGAUCAAAGACGCAGGGAGAAGGAAGAAGCUGAAAUGAGAAAGCAACUUGCUCUCCAGAAACAAGCAUCGCUCAUGGAGCGUUUCCUUAAAAGAAAUAAAACUGAUUCGACUUCUCAAAAUGACAGUUCUAUGAGCAAAGCAACCACUUCUGGGUCAUCUUCCAACAUGCUUGAAAGGACGUCUGAAUCAGUUACUCUAGUAAUGGAUUCUGUAUUGUCCCAAAAUGGUGGACUUGAGGUGGAAGAUAUAUGGAAGUCGCACUUAAAUUCUUGGUGCCUCAUUGGACAUUCGAUGCGUUCAAGCAGGAAAAUGCGCUGGGGCAUUCGUCAGAAACCUAAGACCAAACUGGUCAAGGAACUCAAGCUUACUACAAAUAAAGAACUGACUUGUGAUGAGGACUUGAAUGUAGAGAAGUUUGUGGGUGGAUGGGUUGACCAAGAUGUUGAUAGAAGACUGUCGCAGAUGAACACCGAUAGCAGUCCUCUUCCUAGUACCCAGAAGCGAAUUCGAGCUAAGCAGCUGUUGCAGUUUGAUAAGAGUCAUAGGCCUGCAUUUUAUGGUGUUUGUCCCAGGAAAAGUCAAAUUGUUGGCCCACGCCACCCUUUUGUAAAGGACCCAGAUAUAGACUAUGAGAUAGAUAGCGAUGAAGAAUGGGAAGAGGAUGAACCUGGUGAAAGCCUAUCAGAUUCUGAAAAGGAUGACGAAGAUGAAAGUGCGGAGGGACAUCUAAAGGAUGAUGAAGAAGAGGAAAGUGAAGAUGGAUUCUUUGUUCCUGAUGGAUAUCUCUCGGAGAAUGAGGGAGUGAAGGCCGAUGAAGUAGAAUCUGAUGAUUUGGUUGAGGAAGUAAGAAAUCUGCCUAAUUCUGAACAGCAAGUGCAGAGUGAAGAAUUCUGCACCUUGCUCCGGCAGCAGAAAUAUCUGAAGAAUUUGACAGAGCAUGCGCUUAAAAAGAACCAGCCAUUGAUAAUAUUGAAUCUUAUGCAUGAAAAGACCGCAUCGUUAUCAGCUGAAGAGCUCACUGGUACAGAGAGGCUUGAGAGAAUGUGCUUGCAAACACUUUCUAUGCGUCCUUUGCCUGGUUUCCCAGAUAUAGAAAUAUCAACUCAUAAUGAUGUGGUGGAUGAGGAUCAAGAAGCUUUCUCUGCCAAAUUAAGUACAAAACUGCCUGCAACUGCUGCAGCUUUAGUAGACUCGGACUUGCCUCAGAUUAUAUCUGUCAUUCAGUCAUGCCCACACAGUAUUGGAAAGAUAACAAAGUCACUACAUAAUAAGUUUCCAGAUGUGCCAAAAUCCCAAAUAAGGAAUAAAGUGCGGGAAAUAUCUGAUUUCUCUGAUAACCGUUGGCAGGUUAAGAAAGAAGUUCUGAGCAAGCAUGGCCUUGCUAUAUCGCCAGAAACGACUUGUGGGAAGACAAAAAGCAUUGCUACAUUCUUGAAAAGAUGCUUGCCUCCAUUGGGAACGACUUUGAACUUUAGUGAAUCAUCCCCACAAUCUUGUGAGAAACAUGCAGCCGCUCUUGAACCACCCCAUGAUGUCUCAUUUGAACAUUGAUGAGCAUCGUGGGUUCUUUUCCGUAUCUCAUAUGUAACUAGUUCAAUCAUGUAAGUGUUGCUAGCAUUGCAAGUUUCGGCAAUGUCUCUUAACAGUAUGUUGUCCAUUUAAAUGAUAAGAAUGUUUUGCUAGUACCUCAAAACCAAGACGAUGGUACAGGAAAUGGGUUUCGACAGUUGUUGCAAAACUACAGUUGUGAGUCUUAAUGUUGGUAAUGAGCAUUGAUGUGUUAAGAGGUAGAGGCUAUGGGUGGCAUUAGAUUUGAUAGUAUAUGAUAUAA